CCCCCGCCCGAGCCCCCCGCCCGCCGCUGGGAACGGCUGCGGCUGGAAAGCUCUAGAAACAAAUUGCAGCUCCGGUGCCAAAGGCAACAGCAGCCCCGGCCAUGGCGAAUGCAGCGUUUGCCAUAGCAACAGGGCCAGGAGGAUCCAGGCAGCGGCGGGGGACGGCUCCCGGAGCCCUGCGAGGCGCGGCGGGCUGCGCUCGGUGCUGAGCAGGCGGCGGCCGCCCGGCCCCACCAUGCCGUCCAGCGGGACCCUGGACGCCGGCAGCCCCGCGCCCAGCCGGGAGGCGCUGGACACGCACAAGGGGGAAGAGGAGCCCGAGGAGAACCCGAGCAAGGAGGAGAAGCAGGAGCCGGGGACGCCCAUGAGGAAAGCGGGGCGGCCCGGGCGGAAGCGCAAGCAUGCCCAGCAGGCGGACAGCAGUGACACCCCCAAAGACAGCGCGGCCGUCCCCAAGUGCCCCCCGCCGUGCCCCGAGGCCAGCCCCGCCGAGCCGCUGCCCAACGGGGACGUGGAGGGGGACGCGGAGGAGGCCGGGGCCAGCCCCAAGGGCGGCCGGCCCGAGGAGGACGAGACGGAGAGCCUGGCGGGCGGGGAGCCGGGCCGGGCGCUGGAGAACGGCCGCUGCACGCCCAGGGAGGGGCUGGACGCGCCCGCCGACGAGGGCGAGCUGGCCCCCUCCGACCCCCAGAAGAAACGCGGCAGGAGGAAACUCCUGGAGGCCACAGAGAAAGGCAAGGACGAGAAGGAGGAAAACAACUUCGACACCCUGAAAAUGGAGGGCUCGCGCGGGCGGCUCCGCGGCGGGCUGGGCUGGGAGUCGAGCCUGCGGCAGCGGCCGAUGCAGCGGCACACCUUCCAGGCCGGGGACCCCUACUACAUCAGCAAGAGGAAGCGCGACGAGUGGCUGGCACGCUGGAAGCGGGAGGCCGAGAAGAAGGCCAAGGUGAUCGCCGUGAUGAACGUGGUGGAGGAGCCGGCGCGGGCCGAGGCGCAGAAGGAGGAGGAGGCCAGCCCGCCGCCCGGGCCGCAGCAGCCCACCGACCCCGCCUCGCCCAGCGUGGCCACCACGCCCGAGCCCGCCGUGGCCGAGGCGGGCGACAAGAACGCCUCCAAGUCGGCCGACGACGAGCCCGAGUACGAGGACGGCCGCGGCUUCGGCAUCGGCGAGCUGGUGUGGGGCAAGCUGCGCGGCUUCUCGUGGUGGCCCGGGCGCAUCGUGUCCUGGUGGAUGACCGGGCGCAGCCGCGCCGCCGAGGGCACCCGCUGGGUCAUGUGGUUCGGCGACGGCAAGUUCUCGGUGGUGUGCGUGGAGAAGCUGCUGCCCCUGAGCUCCUUCGCCAGCGCCUUCCACCAGGCCACCUACAACAAGCAGCCCAUGUACCGCAAGGCCAUCUACGAGGUGCUGCAGGUGGCCAGCAGCCGGGCCGGGAAGAUCUUCCCCGCGUGCCCCGAGAACGACGAGACCGACACGUCCAAGGUGGUGGAGAUCCAGAACAAGCAGAUGAUCGAGUGGGCCCUGGGCGGCUUCCAGCCCUCGGGCCCCAAGGGGCUGGAGCCCCCCGAAGAGGAGAGGAACCCCUACAAAGAAGUUUACACGGAGAUGUGGGUGGAGCCCGAGGCAGCCGCCUACGCGCCGCCCCCGCCCGCCAAGAAGCCCCGGAAAAGCACAACCCAGGAGAAGCCCAAGGUCAAGGAGAUCAUCGACGAGCGCACCCGAGAGCGGCUGGUGUACGAGGUGCGGCAGAAGUGCAGGAACAUCGAGGACAUCUGCAUCUCCUGCGGGAGCCUCAACGUGACCCUGGAGCACCCUCUGUUCAUCGGGGGGAUGUGCCAAAACUGCAAGAACUGCUUCCUGGAGUGUGCGUACCAGUACGACGACGAUGGCUACCAGUCCUACUGCACCAUCUGCUGUGGUGGCCGUGAGGUCCUCAUGUGUGGCAACAACAACUGCUGCAGGUGCUUCUGCGUGGAGUGCGUGGACCUGCUGGUGGGCCCGGGGGCGGCGCAGGCGGCCAUCAAGGAGGACCCCUGGAACUGCUACAUGUGCGGCCACAAGGGCGUCUACGGGCUGCUGCGGCGGCGCGAGGACUGGCCCUCGCGCCUGCAGAUGUUCUUCGCCAACAACCACGACCAGGAGUUUGACCCCCCGAAGGUGUACCCGCCGGUGCCCGCUGAGAAGAGGAAGCCCAUCCGGGUGCUCUCGCUCUUCGACGGCAUCGCCACAGGCUUGCUGGUGCUGAAGGACCUGGGCAUCCAGGUGGACAGGUACAUCGCCUCCGAGGUGUGCGAGGACUCCAUCACCGUGGGCAUGGUGAGGCACCAGGGCAAGAUCAUGUACGUCGGGGACGUCCGCAACGUCACCCAGAAACACAUACAGGAGUGGGGCCCCUUUGAUCUGGUCAUCGGGGGCAGCCCCUGCAACGACCUGUCCAUCGUCAACCCGGCCAGGAAGGGUCUCUACGAGGGCACAGGGCGCCUCUUUUUCGAGUUCUACCGCCUGCUGCACGAAGCCCGGCCCAAGGAGGGCGACGACCGGCCCUUCUUCUGGCUCUUUGAGAACGUGGUGGCCAUGGGCGUGAGCGACAAGAGGGACAUCUCGCGCUUCCUGGAGUCCAAUCCCGUCAUGAUCGAUGCCAAAGAAGUGUCUGCAGCACACCGGGCACGGUACUUCUGGGGGAACCUGCCCGGCAUGAACAGGCCACUCGCGUCCACCGUCAAUGAUAAGCUGGAGCUGCAGGAGUGCCUGGAGCACGGCAGGAUAGCGAAGUUCAGCAAAGUGCGAACCAUCACCACUCGCUCCAACUCCAUCAAGCAGGGCAAGGACCAGCACUUCCCCGUGUUCAUGAACGAGAAGGAGGACAUCCUGUGGUGCACGGAGAUGGAGAGGGUCUUCGGCUUCCCCGUGCACUACACGGACGUGUCCAACAUGAGCCGCCUGGCCCGGCAGAGACUGCUCGGCAGGUCCUGGAGCGUGCCGGUCAUCCGCCACCUCUUCGCGCCCCUGAAGGAAUACUUUGCCUGCGUUUAGAGAUGGGCAGGAACUGGUCACACGGAGCGAGUCGGAAUCAAACCCAUCCACGCCAAGAGAAGAGAACACACGGAAUGAGAGAAGAGUCAGCACCCAGAAGAGAGACGGGAUUUCGCAGCCCGACGGGAACCCAGCACACGUCUCCCCGAGCCAAAGGGGUCGGUGUCCUCUCCGGAAUUUCCCAGGAUCAGCUUUAGCUAUUUAAAAGCAAACAAAAACCACAAGAAGCAAACGAAAACGAAGACGGCGAAAGCAAAGAAACAACGACGAAACAGAAGAAAAAAAAAAAGAAAAAGAAGAGAAACCAAAACCUUUUUUUUUUGGGUAACCUUUUAAUUUUCCGCUCUUUUCUGGCUGGGUUUUCCUGUCGGUUUGGUUUCCACUUCUCGGAGCAGCGGGCGAGACGCCGUCGCCAGCGCCGCUCUCGGAGAGGGGGAAACGGCAGCGGGGAAGCCCAGUGGGGAGGGAGGCGGAGGCAAAGGAGACCCGCUCUGCUCCGAGACCCGCUCCGAGACCGCUCCGCUCCGUCCGCGCCAGCGCCCGGCCGGCCCGGCCCCGGCCCCGGCGGCUGAGCCUCGCUCUGUUCCACCAGCACCGCUCUCCGGUGACAUGGAGCCAACCCGGCAGGGAGGCCGGGAACACACACACCACACACACACCUUUUCUACAGUAUUUUGGGUGCCUACCACACGGAAACCUUGAAGAGAGCAGAUCCUAGAAGCCGCUGUUACCUCUUGUUUACAGUUUAUAUAUAUAUGAUAGAUAUGAGAUAUAGAUAUAUAUAUAUAUAAAAGGUACUGUUACUACUGUA